AUGAGGGAGAUGGAGGAGCUGAGGAAGACAAGAGCUGAGGAAGAUAGAGAAGCUGAGGAAAAUAGAGGAGCUGAGGAAGUUAAAGGAGCAGAGGAAGAUAAAGGAGUUGCGGAAGUGGUGUGCCAGUGGUGUGCCAGUGGUGUGCCAGUGGUGUGCCAGUGGUGUGCCAGUGUGCCAGUGGUGUGCAAGUGGUGUGCCAGUGGUGUGCUAGUGGUGUGCCAGUGGUGUGCCAGUGGUGUGCCAGUGGUGUGCAAGUGGUGUGCAAGUGGUGUGCCAGUGUGCCAGUGGUGUGCAAGUGGUGUGCCAGUGGUGGCUAGUGGUGUGCCAGUGGUGUGCCAGUGGUGUGCCCGUGGUGUGCCAGUGGUGUCCAGUGGUGUGCCAGUGGUGUGCCAGUGGUGUGCAAGUGGUGUGCAGUGGUGUGCCAGUGGUGUGCCAGUGGUGUGCCAGUGGUGUGCCAGUGGUGUGCUAGUGGUGUGCCAGUGGUGUGCCAGUGGUGUGCCAGUGGUGUGCCAGUGGUGUGCUAGUGGUGUGCCAGUGGUGUGCCAGUGGUGUGCCAGUGGCGCUGACGACUUCGUCAGGUCACCUCGUGACUCCUGCAGCAGCACAAGCAGUCCGGUGGGGUCGCCGCCCCCUCGCUCCCCCUCCACCACGCCCCCCGCCGCCCACGCCACGCCCAUGAUCACGCCCGCGCCCUUCCCCCCUGCCCUCACCAUGCACCACCACCAGAAAGACGAGUAUGAAUCCUUUUACAGUGAAGCCAUUGGCACGGAGUGGAUUGAUGCAGCAGUUGUAGAGAUGGUCACAUGGAGCGUGGGCGGCAUGGGGGUGGGCGGUGGGCGGCGGGUGUCACCCGGCCUGCAGUGCCUGGUGUGUGGAGACACGUCUUCGGGUAAACACUACGGUAUCCUCGCCUGCAACGGCUGCUCAGGGUUCUUCAAGAGGUCCGUCCGGCGGAAGCUUAUCUACAGGUGCCAGGCUGGGACAGGCGCCUGUGUGGUGGACAAGGCUCACAGGAACCAGUGCCAAGCCUGCCGACUCAAGAAGUGCAUUCAGAUGGGCAUGAACAAGGAUGCGGUGCAGAACGAGCGGCAACCUAGAAACACAGCCACCAUCCGGCCGGAAGCCUUCGCUGACAUGGACCAAGAGAGGCUUCUCCGUGAAGCAGCAGUCGCGGUGGGAGUCUUCACGCCUCCCCUGCCCCUGCCCGGCCUGGUGACAGCCAUGGGAGGUUCCAGGGGCUUCCUGGGUCCUCCCUCCGUCACCACCUCCACGCCCUUCACCACCUCCCACGCCCACCACGCCCUCGCCUCCAUCGCCUCGGCGCCCGCGCCUCCACCCACCUCCUCCAGCAACAACCUCGCCACUAACAACAACAACAACAACCCGGCCACUAUCAACCACAUGUCGAGCACUGCCAACGGUGGGAUGACGGGCAUGUUGCUGGCCGGUCAGAGGGCCAUGUCGCCCUCCAAAGAGGACCACGAACACGGAGUUCGUAGUGUGGACUCGCCAGUGGAUGUAACAGGUGGUAGCAGCGAUGAUACAGGGCCAAUAGGCCCACACAUGCCACCUGUGUCCUCAUGUUCGUCUUCGUCCUCGUCAGGGACCUCUUACGUGGAUACAGCGCCCCUGUGGGACCCACUACAGGAGUCAGUGCAGGAGACGGCAGCCAGACUACUUUUCAUGGCCGUCAAAUGGGCUAAGAAUCUUCCUUCCUUCAGUAGUCUGCCCUUUCGUGACCAGGUGGUGCUACUGGAGGAAGUGUGGUCCGAACUCUUUGUACUAAAUGCUGUCCAGUGGUCCCUCCCACUGCCCACCUGCCCUCUCCUCUCACCCUCUGCUCAUGCCCACGCCCUUGCUCACGCCCAUAAAGCUGCUCAGGCCGCCCACGACAUUCGCCAGUUGUCUGAGGUAGCUGGAGCAUUUAGAGACCUGGCAGUGGAUCCUGCUGAGUUCGCUUACCUCAAGGCCAUCGUUCUCUUCAGACCAGAAGUGCGGGGGCUGAAGGAUGCAGCACAGGUGGAGUCGCCAGACCAGGCACAGGUUAUGCUAAGCCAGCACGUGAGGGCCCACUACCCAGCACGACCAGCACGUUUUGGUCGUCUUCUGCUGCUUCUUGCCUCUCUCAGGUCACCCCCUCCACCCCGCGUCCAGGCACUAUUCUUCACUGCCACCAUCGGCAACACCCCCAUGGAGAAGAUCCUAUGUGACAUGUACAAGAGUUGAGGAAUAAAGACAUUCUCUGCUCCAAAUAUUCUUUAAUAGCUAUUUCUCGACUGUUUGGUAGGAUGUAUGGCUGAUAAUGUCUGUGUAUCCAUACCCCAGGAAUACAUUUCUGCAAUAUAUCUGAUAAAACUACUCCUCAAACUUGACCCUCCUUGAUUACUCCAGAGUAACUAUGCUCUGGAGAACAUAUUUUUUUGGUGCCAAUUCUAACACAUUCCUGGUGGAACACAAAGAUUAAAAGCUGGUCUAUGACAGUGAAUGGAAUGAUAUAAAGGUCAGAUAAAAUUUAACCUUAUGCAUGAAACAUUUAUUAAUUAUACACUAGCUCACUUAAUUAAAUAGGAAAGAGGAUGGUAUUUAAAAAAUAUAGCAGCAUAAAGAGAAAAUACUAAAAACUUGUACAAUAGAGUACUGCACUUUUCUUUAUGUAAGCAUAAAUACUAACCAAACCCAGAAAAUAAAAGGUUUUCCAUCCAAAUCUUUAAUAUACUUAUGCAUAUACUAUUUGAAAUUCAUACCCAGUAACCAUUUUACUUUCUAAUCAUUUUCAGUUAUUGCAAA